AUGAAAAAAUAUGAAGAAGGUGAAGUUUAUUCAGCUUAUUACGGUCAGUGGGGAUAUUGGCCGGUUAGGAUUGCUAGACCCAACGAAGUUUGCGAAUCUACUUUAAAAUCAGCAAAAAAGGACACUAUACAUAUAUAUUUCUUUGGAUCGCGUGAUUACGGUUUUGUGAAAGAACAACAUUUUAAAACAUAUGACCCUAAUGAUUUAUUUAAACAAAAAUUUAAAGCAAUGGAAUUAAAAAAAUUAAAAAAAGCGGUCGAAGAGGCUAAUGAUUGGAUCAAAAGUGAAGAAAAAAUAUAUCCAGUAUAUGUACCAACAAAUGGUCGUAUUAAUAAUAAUUAUUCAAUAUCAUCAUCAUCUUCCUCUUCAUCAAGUUCAUCAAGCUCACCAAUAAUGAUGUCACCCAGAGUUAAAAAAGAAAGAAUAGAGCCAAAUAGUAACAAUAAUAUUAACAACAACAAUAGUUCGACACAAACUCAAUCUCAAAGUUUAACACAGGCAACAGCUUCAAAAAUUAAAGGAACAAGAGGUAAAAAAGCAUUAUCAUCACUUUAUACAAGCUUUUUUAAAGAAAAUAAUGUAGCCUCAAAUGGUGGAAGAUAUACCAGACAGUCUUCAAUGAUAGCAAAUCCAAUUAAUAAAUUAGAACAUACAUUAUCAAUAUUACAAGAUAAAACAUACUCUAAUGUAAAACUUGAAAAAGAAGAAAAAACUGAUCAAACAAACUCGGUUACAACUAACGAUAGUAAAAUUAGCGAUUCAAAUACAUCAAAUAAUACAACAACAUCAAACUGUACAAGCAAUAAUAAUAAUAAUACCACUAUAUCGAGUAGUACAACAACAAUUACAACAACAAAUAUAUCAUCUAGUACUCCUAAUAAAUUAAAUAAACAACCACCACAACCACAACCACAUCAACAAUAUAUUUAUAACAAAGAUGAUGAAGAAAAUGAUUCAACAUUUAUUGAUGAGAAUAACAACCCAUCAACUCAAGAAAAUGAGUUUAAUAAUUUUGCAACCCAAGCAAUUACACCAAUAAGACCAAAAUCAAAAUCAUCAUUAAGUAAUAUCUCCAAUAGUAACGCUAAUAAUAGUAAUAAUAAUAAUAAUAACAAUAAUAACAAUUUUAACCGUAGUGGAAAUAAUAUAAAUAAUAUAAAUAAUAUAAACCAAACAUCACCAAUAAAGACUAAUAAGACUUAUAAAAAAUUGGAAUUUCCAAAUGUACCCUAUUCACCAUCACCAAUAAAAUUUAAAAAAAGUAUAGCCUCACCAAAUAACAAUAGUGGUUUUAGCUAUAUGUUACAUAAUGAAUCAAAUUUUAAAUCUAGCCCACCACAUAAGAAAGAUUCAAUAACUAAUCAAAACAAUAGUAACAACCAAAAUAGUGAUGGCAACAAUAAUAAUAAUAAUAAUAAUAAUAAUAAUAAUAAUAAUAAUAAUAAUAAUAAUAAUAAUAAUAAUGAAAAUGCACUUGAUCUAAUUAGUAAAUUUGAAAGUUCAAAUUGGGAUGCUGUUGGUUCACCAAAAAGGUCAAAUGAAAUCCCAUUAUCACCACUGCAAUCAAACCAAAAGAAACAACAACUACACCAUAAUCAACAAAACUAUAAUAAUAACUUAAAUGCUACAAUUAUAGAAAGUGAAAUUCUACAUUUAUUAGCUCUAAAGCCAUAUACUUUACAAGAUUUAAAGUCUAAAGUCCAACAUAUAAUUACCGAUCAGAACGAAUCAUCAUUUCAACGUAUUUUAGAAACCAUUUCAUAUAAAGAUGACUCUAAUCAUUAUAUUAUAAAUAAUGAUAAGCUAAAUAUGAUAAAUGAAAGUUGGUACAAAACCGAAUCAGAAAAAAAAGAAUUAAGAAAAAGAAAAUUAGAAAUGACUGAAGAUUUAAAUACAUCCAUAAAUCAAAACCACAAUAACAAUAGAAAUAUUAGUAAUAACAUUUCAACACCAAAUCAUCUAUCAAAAAGACAACCACAAUCACCACAAAAAUCAAUAAAGAAAAAGAAACUAUCAAAUGAAAAUGGAUCACCAUUAAAAAAAUCAUUACUACAAUCACCUUUUAGAAAACCAUUGCAAUUUAAUAUAGAAAGUAGUAGCGGCAGUAGUGGGAACAAUAAUAGUAGCUACAACAGCAGUAAAAAUCAAGAACAAGAUAUACAACCUUCAUUAGAAAAAACUGAGAUUUAUGAUAGUGCCAAUUCAUAUGAAGAUGACGAAGAUUUAAUUGAAUCCACACAACCAGCCUUUAUAGCCAAUACCAACACCAACUUGAAUACCACCAACCAAAAUACUAGUUAUCAAAACAAUAUUUAUUUAAUUACUAACAAUCAAUUAAACUCACCCUCACCAAAUAAAUUUUCACCAUCAUCUACAAUUCCACCAACCCAAGUUUUCAUGUCACCAUCCAGAUUUAAUAAUGAAAAUGAAAAUAAUAACUCACCUUUAACUGUAUCUAAAUUAAACAAAUCUGUAAAUAAUAAUAAUAAUAAUCUUUACGAUAUUGAUGAAGAAUUUCCUUCAACAAUUCCUUACGAACCAGUCCCUUAUAAACCAAAUCAAAUUAUGAACCAAGAAAACAAUAAUAUUAUAAUUAGUAACAACCAAUCAAAGACAAAUAAUUCAAAAAGCAUUUACAACCAUAACAACUCAAAUAAUACAACAUCAUCUGUUUCAAUUAAUAUUAGUAAUUUUAAUGUUAUUGAGCCUAAAGUUCUAGAACUUGUUAAAAAUAUUACAAAAGAUUUAAAGAAAGAAAUAAUUAAUGAGCUAAAACAAGAUUCAACAAAUGCAACUAAAUCAGAUCAUUCAUCAUCAAAUCAAUUCAAAAAUGAAAUUGAACAAAUCAGGAAUGACUUAAAACAAGAAAUAAAACAAGAAAUAAUACAAGAACUAAAACAAGAGCUAAAAGAAGAGUUUAUGAAAGAGAUGAAGAGUAACCAAAUUCAAAUAAUGCUCAAUUCAAUUAAUAUUCUAAAAAACUCUUUCGAAAAUCAAUUAAAUAACAAUUGA